UAGCAAUAUGGCGACUGUCAGACUUCAGUGGGUGGAGUAAGUGCCGCUGCGCAUCAUUGGAACGCCGAUCGAAUGCGAACAGAACAGGAAAAGGAGCAGAGCACCGAGUGCUGAGGAUGUGUCGGUAGCAGAUGAAUCGCCAUGUUAAGCGGUCAUUAGAUACAAUAGACGUCUUAUACGGGGAUACGGAACCGUACACCGGAGGGAAAACGGCUGAUUGCGCCUGGGAGUAAUAAAGCAAAGUGCACAUCUGUUUCCUUGACAACUCUAUAUACGGAUAAUCCGACGCCAUGCCUCCCAAGUUUAAGCGGCACCUUAAUGAUGAAGAGGUUACCGGUUCAGUAAAGAGUGAGCGACGAAAUUUGUUGGAAGAUGACUCUGAUGAGGAGGAAGAUUUCUUCUUGAGGGGACCUUCUGCACCUAAGUUUGGACCAAGGAAUGACAAGAUCAGACAUGUACAGAACCAGGUGGAUGAGGUCAUCGAUGUCAUGCAGGAAAACAUCACUAAAGUGAUAGAACGGGGGGAGAGGUUGGAUGAACUACAAGACAAGUCAGAAAGUUUGUCCGAUAAUGCCACAGCGUUCAGCAGCAGAGCACGACAGCUCAGGAGACAGAUGUGGUGGCGGGAAUGCAAGAUGAAAGCGAUAGUGGCAUCGGUUUUCAUUCUCAUCCUACUAGUGAUUAUUGUCCCUAUCAUCCUGAAGUAUCAUUCCUAACCAGCGGAAGAUGAUCCAUGCUACUGAGAGAAUCUUGGGAUACCUUGUACAGAACUUGGAAUUAUUUUGUUUCCUUUAUGUCUUAAUUAUUUGACUUCCUAUCCUCAAAGCAAAAGGGACCGAGUUCACAUUCCUCACGGACAAUAACUACAGAAAUACGUUUGUGUAAAUAAGAACGAAGAUCUAAAGACCUAUUUCAUGUUUAACCUAUUUACUGUUUUUGGUUUUUUGUUGUCUUUUUUUUUUUUUUCAUCUUCAACCCAUUUUGCACAAGCAUGAGGCACAAUUUGUUCCUUCAGAACCCAUACUGGGAUGGAAAAUAUUUCACUUUUACUUUGACUUUCCAAUGUAAGUACAGUUCGUGACCAUGGUCCCAUUGUGCAAAAAAAUAAAAAUAAAUUAUAUAUAUAUAUAUAUAUAUAUAUAUAUAUAUAUAUAUAUAUAUAUAUAUAUAUAUAUAUUUAUAUAUAUAUAUAUGAAUUGCCAUGCAUCAGGGGAGUUCAGUUUCACCCGGCAAAUCCUAGCAGAAAGGUUAUUAUCUAGUGUCCAUCAUUUGGAACUCAACUGCCACUGGCCUGCAAGUUUACAGCCUCAAGACUUUGGAUUGAAAUGAGAAUAAUGUGAGUGAUAGAUUAGUUACAGUUGGAGUUACUCAUCAGUCUGUAACUUCUUAUUACUCUGUAUUUGCUUUACAUUCGGUUAGAGCUUGGUUCAUUUUUACUAGGCAUUUAUUCUAGCUUUUUAUGGCAUGAUUUUUACUCCUAAUUUUGUGAUUGAGAUCCAAACCUUUCUAAAAAGUAGAAGGUAUUAAUGGAUCUAUAAAAAGAAAAAAAAGACAGCAGCCCACCGAUAUCGAGUAUAAAGUUGCAGUUAAAUCUAAUUUUCGUGUUCAUAAGACCAUGCAGUCUGCAAUGAAUCAGUACUAAUGUUUUUAGUAAGGUAGGAAUGCAGUGAUUUAAUCAUAGAGUAUAUUAAGAGAUUAUGGGAGGCUUCUCAAUUGAUGCUGACAGGAGCCAUAACAAAAGCCAGUAGCUUGUUUCUUUUGAAGGAUUUACCAUAAGUGAGAGAAGUUCUUGAUGUUCCUUAAUCUGUGUACUUGCUCUUGCUUGACCAUAUUUCAAAGAGAAUUCAAGGAAUGUUCCUUUCACACACAAAUCUGUAUUGAUCUGCUGUUGCAUAAAGACUAAUAUGACCUUUUAUAUUUCAUAUUUCAAAAACUUUGACACGGAUAUGUAGUGAGGAACAUUUUCACGUACUCUGUACACAUACUUGGCACACUAUAAAGGUUCAUAUUUAAAAAAUAUAUAUAUAUAUUUUUUAGCGUUCUAAAAAUACCUUGAGAAAUUGUCCUUUCCAUUCACGGUUCACGUAAGGCAUAGGUCUGCAAACUCUGUCCUCAUUACCCCACACAGUGCAUGUUUUGCAGGUCUCCUCACAGAAUCACAAGUGAAAUAAUUAACUCCACCUGCAGACCUUUUAAAAUGUGUCUGUGAGUAAUUAAUACACCUGUGUACCUGCUGGGUUACCUGCAAACAUGCACUGUGUGGGGUAAUGAGGACCGAGUUUGCAGACCUAUGACGUAAGGAGACACAAGUUUACACGCGCACAUACUGUAGGAACACACCUGGCUGACAAGUAUAGUUGUUUUUGGGCAAAUUGGCCUAAUGAUGUCAUUGGUGUGUACCACACAUGAUCUAAUUGGACCAAUCGCAUUUGAUCAAGCAGGACCAAAGAACUGGUUGGCUGAUGAGAAUAAAUAGACACCGUAUAAUGCUGACAGCCAGAUCACCCACAGAAUGAUUGCAUGUGUGCAGUAUUGGCCUUACCUGUAUGUGGCUGUAUCAGGCCACAUAUCUUGUGUGUUUAACCAGCUGCCCAGUUUAUAAUGAGAUUUAAAUGUGCUGAACUCCUAUGAAUAUGUUAUGUGGAGAUGUGCAUUUACAUGUGUACACUGUCCUCAGGUUGUUGCUGGGUUGCAGAUGUAUAUUCUGUUGACAACAAUAAUUGUUAGAUCAUUUCUGUACAGCAAGUGAUGACUGGUUGGCAGUGUAGUGUACACUGGGAAAUAUAUGCAUUGCUGUACAUGUAUAAAUGUAGCAUCAUAAUGUCACUGUUAUACAUCUAUGCCACAGUAUAAUAUGACAGCAAUGCUUACACUAUACUAUAUAUGCUGCCAAACCCUGACAUAGUGCCAGGAUGCUAAGAAGAUUGCACAUAUAUUCAUUUAUAUUUCUUGUUUAAGAUCAUUUAUACUUUUUUUAAAUCUUGUUUACUGAAUGAACAGGUUUUGCCAUUUUUUGUUUUGAACCUUCCUAAAAAAAAUGUUUGUAAAUAUGGGUUUCGGAUGUUAAUACUGAAUUUUGUUGUCUAUUUAUAUAAUUUAUCCAUUUAAUUAAACCGUUCACAUGUC